AUGAAGAGUACUAGAAUCUUUCAUUCGCUGCAUAGGGCAGAUUUAGCUAAGCGCUACAAGAACACUACUCCAAGAGAGUGUGUUACAGUACCAGAUACACCUUGCACUUAUCUCUCAUUCAGUACCGCUUGUUUUCUAAUCGUUUCCAUUGCCCAUUUGAUCACAAACCCGCUAAAAUCAUACCAUGUAAAGUUUUAA